AUGCAUGAUCUAUCAACUGAAAUCAAAUCAAAGCAACCAAUUCGAUUAUCGCGAAAAAAUAAAAUUAACAAUGAAAAUGAAAAAAAGAAAGAAGAAACAGAAUCAGUUAGUCUAAAACAACUUUUUCGUUUUGCUAAAAAAUUCGAUGUGUUUUAUAUGAUAUUGGCGAGUUUUGCUGCUAUUUGUCAUGGAGCUGCAUUACCCUUAUUAUUACUUAUUUUUGGAAAUCUUGUUGAUAUAUUUACAAAUCGUUCAUUCAAUUUAUGUACACUUAAUUUGACGGCACUUUCAUUAACUUAUUGUCCAUCAGGAAUAGUAUUAACUUCAAUUAAUUUUUUGUCAGAUUACAAAUUAUGCAAUUUUACUGAUUCUAAUUUUACUAUACCAACAUUUGAUCUUACGGGUAAAGUUCGACAACAGGCAUUAAUUUUAGUGGGAAUCGGUGGUGGGGCAAUCAUAUUUGCUUAUAUUCAAAUAGCAUUCUGGUGUGUUUCAGCCGAGCGACAAACACGUGCAAUAAGAGAAGCAGUUUUUCGUUCAAUUAUGAAUAAGGAAAUACUUUAUUUUGAUAUGCAUAAAACAGUUUACAUUUUGCUUACAGCUAGUAUGACUGCGAAUGAAUUAAAAGCCUAUGGAAGAGCAGGUGCGGUAGCUGAAGAAGUGUUUAGUUCAAUUCGAACUGUUUUCAGUUAUAAUGGUGCUGAACAUGAACAAGCCAGAUAUGAACAACAUUUAAAUACAGCCAGAGAUUUUGGUAUAAAAAAGGGAGCUUUCAAUGGAUUAACCUUGGGAUUUGUGUGGUUUGUCAUAUUCUGUGCGUACGCAUUAGGUUUUUGGUAUGGAGCAAAAUUAGUUCGAGAUGAAGAUUUUCAAAUUGGCUCUGUAUUAAUAGUAUUUUUUGCAAUACUCAUCGCCGUAUUUAGUCUUGGUCAAGGUGCACCACACCUUCAAUCUCUAGCGCAAGCAAGAGGAGCAGCCUAUUAUGUUUGGAAUUUAAUCGAUACGCCGUCGAAAAUCAUAAGUAAUUCUGAUAGUGGUCUUAAAACUCCAGAUUUAAUCGGCGUUAUCGAAUUUUCAAAAGUCAAUUUUAUUUAUCCUUCAAGACCAGAUAUUCCCAUCUUAAAUGGUUUAUCGUUUGAUGCAAAAAGCGGGAAAACAGUUGCACUAGUCGGAAGUUCCGGUUGUGGAAAAAGUACUUGUAUUCAAUUAUUACAACGAUUUUAUGAUCCAAUUUCGGGUUCUGUUUCAAUUGACGGUCAUUCUGUUAGUGAAUACAAUCUUCGUUGGCUAAGACAACAUAUUGGAGUUGUUAGUCAAGAACCAAUUUUGUUUGCUGCAACAAUUAAAGAAAAUAUUAAAUACGGAAAAGACAAUGUAACGGAUAGUGAUGUUGAAAAUGCAGCAAAAAACGCAAACGCGCACGAUUUUAUCAUGACAUUACCAGAUCAAUAUGAAACAAUGGUAGGAGAAAGAGGUGCUCAACUAUCUGGCGGUCAGAAACAAAGAAUUGCGAUAGCAAGAGCAUUAAUAAGAAAUCCAAAAAUUCUAUUACUCGAUGAAGCAACAAGCGCUUUGGAUAACGAAAGUGAAAAGAUUGUUCAAGAUGCUUUAGAGAAAGCAUCAAAAGGACGAACUACCAUUGUAAUUGCACAUCGUUUAUCGACCAUUCGUAAUGCAGAUAAAAUUAUUGUGAUUCAGAAAGGUUCCACUAUUGAAGAAGGUGAUCAUGAUACACUGAUGAAUAAACGUGGAAAUUAUUAUGCACUUGUUCAAGCACAAAAUUUAAAAUUAGCCGAAGAAGAAGCGGAACGCGAAGAUGAAGAUAUAUAUCCUGAUGAAACAAAUGUUCGUAGAGAUAGACGUUCAACGGUGGCAAGUUUAACGCCGUCAAUGUUGGCAACUAUAUGUGGAGACAAAACAGAUGAUAAUAAUGACGAAAUGGUAUUUCAAGAAUGUGAUCGAGACGUACAAGAACACAAGGUUCUUGUUUAUGUCCUAUUAUUUAUUGGAUUUGGUAUUCUAAUGCUAAUAACUAUGUUUUUACAAAGUUAUUUAUUUGCAUGUAGUGGAGAAAAGUUAACGAAACGUUUACGAGCUAAAGUAUUUCGAGUUAUAUUAAGACAGGAUCUAGCUUAUUUUGAUGAUCAGAAAAAUAAUACCGGAGCAUUGUGUACACGUUUAGCCGUUGAAGCAUCAGCUGUUCAAGGGGCAACAGGCAUUAGAAUUGGUCUUAUGCUUCAAAAUUUUUCCAGUCUUGGUGUAGGUAUUAUACUUGGCUUCGUUUAUGGUUGGGCUCUAACACUAAUGCUUCUCGGAUUUAUUCCACUCAUCGUUAUUGGUGGAUUUUUACAAUCAAAACUAGUUAGUGGAUUUGCAAGCAAAGACAAAAAGGCUCUAGAAAGCGCUGGAAAGGUGGCUGUAGAAGUUAUCCAAAACAUUCGUACGGUGGCACAAUUAACAAAAGAAGAGCAUUUUGGUAACGAAUAUGCUCAUUUAGUGGAAAUCCCAUACAGAUCAUCAUUGAAACGAGCAUAUAUAUUUGCUUUUUUUUUUGCCUUGACAAAUUCUAUUACGUACUUCGCCUUAGCAGCAUUAUUUUCGCUCGGUGCAUAUUUGGUCGAUCAAAACAAAAUGAGUUUCGAAGAUGUUUUGCUGUAA